AUGAAAAUUAUGGACAAUGCUAUUGCGGGUGCAUAUGCAAAUCCUUCGUGUUAUGAAAUCUUUUAUACGGUUCAGACGACGCUUGCAUACAAUAUUGGGAUACUCGCCCAUGGGCUUGCCAACAAUGGAAUGACGGACGCAGAGCGGGCUGCAUUGUCCCCUAGCGAUCCAGAAUACAAUUUCAGGGUGGUCGGCUCUAAGAUUCAGGUUGCUGGUUGGACCAUUUACUCCGCCCUCAUUUGGUCAUUGAAGCUAUCCAUGCUUUACUUUUACACUCGCCUCACUAAUGGACUCGGACGGCCGUAUCGCAUUCGGAUAUACAUCGGAUUCGGCCUGGUAAUCGGCACCUUUGUCGCAACCAUAAUAGCAGUCUUCGCUGGUUGCCAACCUUUCAGUAAAUACUGGCAGAUAAGUCCUGACCCAGGCAAUUCUUGUCAAGCAGCCAUCUCGAAACCCAUCGUCUGGGCCUCAUUCGCCUCCAACGUCUCCACCGACAUAUACCUUAUCGCCAUUCCCCUUCCGAUGCUUUGGGGAUCUAGUCUAAAAACCAUAAAGAAAAUCGCUUCAAGCAUUGUUCUUGGCUCUGGUAUCUUUGUUCUUGUUUGCGCUACGUUGAAAAGCGUCUUUGUUCUAGUGGAUCCCGUCAAUGGAGCUCAGCUAGCUGGUACAUGGGGCACACGCGAAGCUUUUGUUGCCGUGAUGACUACCAACCUACCAAUUCUCUUCCCGCUCUUCAGAGUCUGGCUUACCCCAGUUUUUGGGAGUAUACUACGUUCAUCGGACAAGGCGUCUUACCAGUAUCCCUCUCACUUUCAGACGAUCGGUGGUGGAGGAGGUCGAAGUGGCAAAAGCCAGAAUCCAAGUCGACGUGGCCCCCCGACCGCGAAUCCGAUAUCAGGAAACAUGUCUUUCAACGGCAGUGAGGAGCGUAUUGUCAGGGCAGAGGCGCAUGGUAUGACAAACCUGGAUCCAGAGGGUCAUAGGAAUAAUCAAAAGGGUAUUGUGGUAUCCAAUGUCGUGGAGAUCGUUCACGAGGAUAAGAAGGGUGGUGGAAGUAGAGAUGGGCGCAACUCAGAAAGUUCAUGGUAG